AUGGUUCCUGAGCUUCCCCCGAUCCCCAAGAUCUCUUAUCCUUCUGAGGAGCAAGCUGCUCAUGCUACCAAGAACAUCAAGAUCUUGGACCACCUCGAGCAUAAGGGUAAGUCCGUUGGCGGCUGCUGCGGUCUCGGUGGUGCCAAGGACCUUGUCACCACUUGGUGGCCUUGGGGUGCUGGUAUGUUUGCUACUUCUCUCGGACCUAACAAGGCCUGCUUCGUUUUGGGUGCUAAGUCUGCUCCUGGCACCGGCCAUAUGGUCCUCUGGGGCAAGCUCUCUGCCAUUCAGAAGGGUCUCAUUGAGUCCACUAAGGUUAACGAGAACAAACGCGGCAUUAUCGGCAGUUGGGGUUGGCAUUUCGUCCAUCACACUCCUUUCAUGAACUAG